CUCAUCGACCGGAUACGCGUAGAAGAGUACUGGAAGAGCGCAUCAUCGGCUAUCACGUUCGAGACGAUGAGGUUAUUUACUGCUUCUGUCUUCUUCACCAUGUAUUCGACGUUUUGUUAUUGCAAAGAUGAUCUAUCCGAGAGGUCCAGUGAAGAUCAGAGGAAGAUUGCAGACGCAAAGAAGCUUCUGGGCGGCAAUGAUACACUAUUCCUAGUUUCCUCAGAAAAUGCCUGGUACCAAGGUCGUUAUAUUUGCUGGUCUUCUAUAAAAACCGGCAAUGUUAAGGAUGGAUAUUCCCACAAUAUCACAUACUAUGUCACCGAGCCGAAUUCCACCGGUACGCCUGAGUUAGUGUCAAGGUACGCCAUUUGGUAUGCCUCCAUGUGGGGCCGAAAUCCGACAAUCACUCUCCAGGCUGACAGGCAAAGACAACCCGUAAUACGUAAGGAUUACACUCUGGUGGAGGCUGAGGCUAGUUGUCUUGUUGUGGGUCUUAUUAGAGACAAACCGCGUGACACUAUGUGCUUGUACUUUAUGGCAAAAAAAUCUAUCAAGAAGAAUCACACGCGGUGCAAAAAUGCCUAUAAAACAAACUGCAAGGUUGCUACUGGGGUCAAAUAUAGGUGGCGUCGGCAUUGCAACCGGCAAAAUAGACCAAAGUUAAAAAAGUAGAGCUGCUUUUCGUCGGAUGUGUGCUUCAAUAUACUGAACAUUUCAAACCUUGCCUGCAGUAACAGGCACAAAAGAAUACGUCAUUUAUUUUAUAGCUGGCUGUAGUACCUAAGUUAGGCAUAAUAAAUUUUGAUGAUGA